AGAUAACAAUGGAGACGGACAAAAUGUCGACGGCGUCUUCAGUAGGGGCGGAGCGGAGACCACUCCAUGCAAGCGCUGGUGAUUGAAAGGCGGAUACUGUUCGCUUGCACUGUGCUGGUGGGGCUCUGCACAUUCUUGUGGAUAGCAGCAGUUUGCACGGAGAAAUGGGUGCACAUAGAGGGAGGGAAUGGGAUAUACCUGCCAGUAAAAGGCAGGUAUCUGAUGUGGAGCGACUCUGGAGUGUGGCAGAUCUGCCGGUACGUGUUCCAGCCGAACGUGACCAUCAGCGCGUCGAACGCGACCACCACCACCGCCCGCCCGCAUGACAUCACAGGAAUGGUGGGGAUCUAUAUUACAAAUAGGUUUUGGGACUCAGACGGUCGAGCGAAAGUCAACAUCAAGUCAAGGAUUUGA